AUGAAGGACAAAAACAAUGUAACUGAAUUUUUCCUUGUGGGGCUUACCCAGAAUGAGGACUUGCAGAAAGCCUGUUUUGGGCUGUUUUUGGUCUUCUACACAGCAAUUUUGCUGGGAAAUUUACUUAUCAUUGUCACCAUCAAGACUAGCCCCCGACUGAACUCCCCCAUGUAUUUCUUCCUCAGUUACCUGUCCUUUGUAGAUAUCUGCUACUCCUCUGUUACUGCUCCCAAACUGAUUUCUGACUUCCUUGUCAAGAAGAAAACCAUCUCUUUUGUUGGAUGUAUAGCACAGCUCUUUGGGGGCCAUUUCUUUGGUUGCACUGAAAUAUUUCUUCUCACAGUGAUGGCAUAUGACCGAUACAUUGCAAUCUGCAAACCCCUCCAUUACACAACAAUUAUGAACAAGAGUGUAUGCAGUUGGAUGGUGGUGAGUUCCUGGCUAGGGGGGUUUCUUCAUUCACUAGUACAGACGCUCCUCACCACAAAUCUCCCCUUCUGUGGGCCAAAUGAAAUUGACCGCUUUUUCUGUGAUGUCCACCCUUUACUGAAAUUGGCCUGCACUGACACCUACAUCAUUGGACUUAUUGUCAUUACCAACAGUGGUAUGAUUUCUCUGAGUUCCUUUCUUGUGUUGACUGUUUCAUAUAUAGUCAUCCUAGUCUCGCUGAGAAGUCGUUCUUCUGAAGGACGCCUGAAAGCCCUCUCCACCUGUGCUUCCCACAUCACAGUGGUGAUCUUGUUCUUUGGGCCAUGCAUCUUCAUCUACAUGAGGCCUUCCACCACAUUCUCAGAGGACAAGAGUGUAGCUGUAUUCUACACUAUUAUCACCCCUAUGCUCAAUCCUUUGAUUUACACCUUGAGGAAUGAAGAGGUGAAAAAUGCAAUGGGACAAUUAUGGAGCAAAAAAAGUACUUCAGGAUGGGAAAUGAGCAGUGAGCUAUAG